GUAAGUCUCUGUCUCUCUCUCUCUCUUUGGUUAGACUUUUUAGCUGAGAUUAGGGAAAGGAUUAAGAGCGUGGCUGUUGAUACAUCGCUUCUUUUCUCUUCGUUUUCGUGUUAAUUUUUAGAUAUUUUAAUUUCUAUUUUUUUUUAUUCUAUGAUUUUUCAGUCAGAAUUAUUCUUGUUUUUGUUGUCCUUGUUCGUGCUUCUCCACAUUUCUUUGUUUUAGACUUAUGAAAAGUUUUUUUCUUGAAUUUCUGGUGACGGGAUUUUUCCAGUUCGAAGUUGCUCGUUAGAAUAUUAACGAUCAAACUAUUAAGGAGGAACAAUGAGCUUUACUCGGGCUCAAAAUUUUUUCUUGAUGGUAACACUGUUGCCCAUUUUGGUUUUGUGCGCCAACUUUUAUUCAGGAUGAACUUUGGAAGAGAGAGGAAUCAGCUUGAAAAAAUGGGCAAAAUAAAGGGAGGAAAGAUAUUGUUGUUUCUUCUCUGCUUGAACAUAGUCACCUUUGGAGUGAUUGCUGAUGGUCCACCUACAUGCCCUGCUGAUCUAGGUGGAGAAUGCAAUAAUUCUGGUGAAUGGAAAGGGGAAUUCUUCCCUGGCAUUCCUAAAAUUAAGUAUGAGGGACCUUUGAGCAAGAAUCCACUUGCAUACAAAUGGUAUAAUGCAGAAGAAGAGAUUCUUGGGAAGAAAAUGAAGGACUGGAUGAGAUUUAGUGUUGCAUUUUGGCAUACAUUCCGUGGCACCGGAGGUGACCCAUUUGGUGCACCAACUAAAUAUUGGCCUUGGGAAGAUGGUACCAAUUCAUUGGCCAUGGCCAAAAGAAGAAUGAGGGCCAAUUUUGAGUUCCUGGACAAGCUUGGAGUAGAUAAGUGGUGUUUCCAUGAUAGGGAUAUAGCCCCUGAGGGAAAAGCUCUUGAGGAAACUAAUGCGAACUUGGAUGAAGUGGUGGCCCUUGCCAAAGAGCUUCAGGGAACCAAGAUCCAUCCUUUGUGGGGCACAGCUCAGUUGUUUUUCCAUCCUCGUUACAUGCAUGGUGCUGCUACUAGCUCUGAUGUAGGUGUAUAUGCUUAUGCUGCAGCUCAAGUUAAGAAAGCAAUGGAGGUCACCCACUACUUAGGUGGAGAAAAUUAUGUCUUCUGGGGUGGACGUGAGGGGUAUCAGUCUCUCUUGAACACAGAUAUGGAAAGGGAACUUGAUCAUUUGGCAAGGUUUAUGGAAGGAGCUGCUGCCUACAAGAAGAAGAUUGGAUUCAAUGGAACUCUGCUAAUUGAGCCCAAGCCACAAGAACCUACCAAACAUCAGUAUGACUGGGAUGCUGCAACAGCAGCUAAUUUCCUGCGAAAAUAUGGACUUACAGGAGAAUUCAAGCUCAAUAUUGAGUGCAACCAUGCCACUCUUUCUGGUCACAGCUGUCAUCAUGAGCUUGAAACUGCAAGAAUCAAUGGUUUACUGGGAAAUAUUGAUGCUAAUACUGGUGACCCUCAGAUUGGGUGGGAUACAGAUCAAUUCAUGACGGAUAUUGCAGAGGCAACUAUGGUUAUGCUUAGUGUGAUAAAAAAUGGAGGAUUGGCACCAGGAGGAUUCAAUUUCGAUGCGAAAUUGCGAAGAGAGAGUACAGAUGUGGAGGACCUGUUCAUUGCUCAUAUUGGUGGAAUGGAUACAUUGGCUCGGGGACUACGAAAUGCAGCUAAGUUGAUUGAGGAUGGUUCUUUGGCUGAGCUUGUUAGCAAGCGCUAUGAGAGUUUUGACUCAGAAAUUGGCAGACAAAUAGAGGCUGGUAAGGUUGAUUUUGAAAUGCUUGAGAAGAAGGCCUUUGAAUGGGGUGAACCAAAGGUUGCAUCGGCUAAGCAGGAACUUGCAGAGAUGAUUUUCCAGUCUGCAUUGUAGAUCAUUGUAAGUAGUAGGGCUCCAUCCACUCCCCGCAGAUCCCCCUCUUUUGCAAUCAUCUUUGGUAUAAAUAAUACAUACUGGAGCAUACCAAUAACUGAUAUGAUGUAAUGUAGUAAAUGUUUUGUUUUGAGCUAAAUGCAUGAGCAACAUUUUAAUUUACCAAA